UAAGAGACGAAACAGUCUCAUUCUCAGAUGCCUCCACUCAAGGACCAAGUGAGAUCCCUGAGGAGGUGACAAUUCCAGCUAAUGAGGCUUCACAAUCUAACAUUGAUAUACUUGCAGGCUAAUUUUGUAUUGGAUUGGACCCAAAGCAAUCAUUGAGAGACAGUAGCAAUGACACUUGCACAAAAAUAUAAUAAUUUUUACUACCUAUUGCACUGCAAGUAUUGGGAGUAUGAUACACAGGAAGCUGCAGUUUCUAGAGAGACAAAAUUGGUGGACAAAGCUGUUUGGAUAUGUUUGUGUGAGAGAUGGGGGAGUGAAGAAUUUAAGAACAUAUCAAGGCAGAACAAACAUAAUAAGUCCAAUCAAAGGGUAAUUCACACAGUUGGCAGGAAGUCUUUUGUUAGGCAAAUGGAGGAAAAGUGGGAACAAGUUCCAAAUUAUGUUGCUUUUUAUAAAGAGGUGCAUUGGUCUACAAAGAAGCGAAGAUUAGUCACUCAAGCUGCUCAACGGAAUUACCUAUCAAUUAUAUGGACAAAGGAUCCAAUCAGGUGGAAUUCGAGUGCCUAAGCAAAACAAACAAGCAAGAAUCCAAGCCUCCAUGCAUGCAGUUUAGGAAGAAGAUCUUCAUUAAAGGAUAUAGAAUGAACUCCCCAACCUUGUAUAAAACGCAUGAUAGGGCUUUAAGUUAAUACAUGCAUACUAUUUUGUGUAGUCUACUCCAAUGCAAGUUUUAUGUAAACAUGUGCAUGUUGGUAACAUGCAAUGAAAAGAUGUGGCAUUUGAAUAUA